GGUCGGCAGCACAAAGCAGAACCACUCUCUUACCAGCUUGCACACACACGCGCGCACUAACACAGACCUCACCACACCACACACACACACACACACACACACACACACACACACUGUAGCACACACACAUACACACACACAAGCUCAGACAGUCGACACACACAUCCUCAGCGACGCCCGAGAAGCUGAAGCAAAGCUGGAGGAAGGAAGGAAGGGGGAAAGAGGAGAAGGACACCAGGGAAAAGAAGAAAAGAGAAGAAGUAGUAAACGAGGAAGGAGAGAAAAAGCCUGGUGCAGAUCCUGAGAGGAAAUAAAGACACAUUUUGGGAAAACAUUACUCAGCUCAUAGGUUGUCAAAUUGAAGGGCUCCCUCCUGAGGCCCCCUGCUGACUGAUAACAAGCACAGAUCCGGACAAGUCUGGGAGCUUCAUGAGUGUGUGCGCGUAACUUCCACUCCACUUCUUUGUGUUUCUGUGUGCGGCACCAUGCUGUGGACAGUGCUACUAGCACUCCUGGUGCUUCUGCUGCUGCAGACUCAGCUGUCUGUGUGCUUAAGAGAAUUACGUACUGGGGGUUCGAGCUCCCCUGCCGACUCCUCUUCAUCAUCCUCUUCCUCCUCCUCUUACAAUGCCACCCAGCAGCGGCUGCCCGGAGCUGUUAUUAUUGGCGUGCGGAAAGGCGGCACCAGAGCCUUGCUGGAGAUGCUCAACCUGCACCCAGAUGUGGAAGUUGCAAAGGCCGAGGUACACUACUUCAACGUGGAGGAGCACUACCGCCGAGGCCUGGCCUGGUACCGAGCCCAGAUGCCCUUCACCCUCCCUAGUCAGCUGACAGUGGAGAAAACCCCCGGCUACUUUGCAGCUCCUCAGGUUCCUGCACGUAUCUGGGACAUGAAUCCCACCGUCCGUUUGUUACUCAUCGUCCGUGACCCGGCCGAAAGGCUGGUCUCCGACUACACUCAAGUCCUCCACAACCGCCUGACCCGCCGCAAGCCCUACCAGCCGCUAGAGGAGCUCCUGCUCCACAAGGGCCACAUCGACCCUGAGUACAAGGCGCUGCAGAGGAGCCUGUACCACCAGCAUUUGGCUCGCUGGCUAGAGGUCUUCCCUAAAGAGCAGAUCCACGUGGUGGAUGGCGAUGCACUCAUUCGGGAUCCCUUUCCUGAGCUGAGAAAGGCAGAGAGGUUUCUGGACCUGCCGCCCAGGAUCAGCCCCAACAACUUCUACUACAACACCACCAAGGGCUUCUACUGCCUCCUGUCUGCCGGACACGACAAGUGCCUGGACGAGUCUAAAGGCAGGCCACAUGCGCCCCUGAGCACCCAGGCCUUUAAGAAGCUCUGUCGGUACUUAAGGAAGCCCAACAAAUUGUUCUUUGAAAUGGUGGGGAGGUCGUUUUCCUGGUGCUGAUCAGUGGUGAACGGCAACUCUGGUGAUGCCAACAAAUUCAGGGACUCAGAGGGAGAAAGAAAACUGUUGUUUUUGUGUUUUUGUAGGUAGAUGAGAGGAAAGAGUUGAGUUCUAUUAAAGUUAUAAACAUCCCUUGUUGUUGAUACCUACUCAGGUAUAAAUGUGGCCAACAAGAGUGGCACAUAUGCGUGUGAAGAUAUUUGGAGAAUUUAAGCUGCUCUUUUCGAACACGUGGCCAACAAGACUUUUACCAUGACCAUGCUGGUGCCUCCCCGGAUAAACUUGCUUGAUGAAGCUACAACAACUGUGCCAUACAAAGGGUUUGAAACUGAAAACACAACCAACUACUUCUUAGUGCUUAUUUCUGGGGUGUUAAAAUAAGAUGUGCAGACUCUCAAGUGAUGUAGAAGUAGAAAAGGGGUGAAAAGAUGGUUGAACUGAUUUGUUGCACUAUGAACUCUAAAUGUAUAAAAAUCGAGCGGCAACGUAGACGAUUUCAAACAGGAACCAACUCCUUGCUUUGGUUUUUCUCAACAGAUGUAACUUGCUUGUGUGUUAGUAAAACGUUUUAGUUGAGUCAUUCUGUUUACUUAAUUGUUUCGUUAUUUUACUAAGCUGAAUUUUAAAUGUUCAGUGAAUAUAUCUAUGUUUUUGUUUUUUUUUUAAUCUCUUUUGAAAUUAGCCACAUCGAAAACUUGUUUUGGUUUCUUUUUACCGUCAAGGGCAAUGUAGUACUCUCACUAGUUUGUUUUUCUUUGUUUUUUAAAGAUGUUCUUCUAAUAAAUGUGUUCAGUCCUACGUCUCCUGCCUGAACCCACCCUACGAGGUUUAUAGGGUUUGAAAACAUCAAACAUAAAGACACAGGGAUAGACAGUCACUGACAGGCCCCUCUGAAGGCUCCUCUCUCUCCUCUCAAAGUGUAUGAAGAUGUUCCCUAUCACUGUCUAUCUGACAUGUUCUUUACACCGAGGAUCAAAGCGAGCCUACGCUUCUUUUCAUCACUAAAUUAUACCUGUCAAGGAAUUACCUCCAGUUUCACCACCACACUGUGACAAAUCACACCCGUAGGUCACCCGAACGACUGUACGUGUUGGAAUACCGACUUUAUUCAAAGCCAGAAUGGAUUUCUUACCUUCAUUCGCUUAAUCUGAAAGGACUAAAUCAGAUGUGACAGGUCAUGACGUGGCCUAGAAAGUUGAAACCGUAGAAUUAAAGGGUAGGUGGGCUAAUUUUUUUUAACCCAGACAUUGCUUUAGUUUCAUGUGAAACUCUGCUGCAGUCUCACUUACCCACAAUCCACUAGACAGGGUGUAAGGUUAAACGCAGUUGAAUGGGGCACUUGUUUAAGCCUUCAAAAUUAACUCUAAAUCUGACCAGGGCUGCAACUAAUGAUUAUUUCCGUUAUUGAUUAAUUAGCUUAUUAUUUUCUCAAAUAAUCACUUAUUUGGCUUAUAGAUUAUUAGACAACUGUGAAAAAGGCCAAUCCAAAUUUCCUGAAGCUCAAAGUGACGUCUUCAGAUAUCUUGUUUUAUCUGACCAACAGUCCAAAAUCUAAAAGCAUUGCAUUUACAAUGAUAUGAAACAGAGAAAAUUUCACAACUGGCGAGCUUGAACUAGGGAUUUUUUUGGCUAUGUUGCCUCAAAAAGUACUUAAACGAAUAAUCAAAUUGGUUGAGUUCAGCUCUAAAUCUAAUAUGAAGAAAGGGCUUGAAAAAUACCAGAGACAUUUUUUAAAAUUGGAUCCAGUCUACAUUAUUUUAGAAUUGCAUGUGUUUGACCAGCAUCUGGCUAAAUCAUACUGCUGUGCAGGGGACUUCUGACUUUCUUAUUGAUUGCAAGGAUGGACUUGCUGGAUCUAUUCCUCAGACAAGCAUUAAGGCUACAUCAUUGACUUUCUCUUUUCAAAAACAAGAUUUAAUAUUUUUUAUGACGACUUGAAUAAUCUCCUCAUUAGUGUUUGAGCCCAGAGAGAAAAGCUUCGGCAGUGGUGUUUAGUUUGUCAAAAAUUGAUGAGUAAGAUUCUGCUUUGCAUUAUUAUAGAUUAUGAAGGUCUGAGCUGAAGAACAGUGAACGUGUUCUUUAAAACUGCAGUCAUCGAUUUUUGACCACUCUGGGGCAGUGUAACAAACAGUAGACACAAAACUGACAUAUUUUACAAUGUUGAUAUGGUGAACAGGUUAGCGAACAGUUGUCCUUUCACGUCACGGUCUUUUUUCAUAGUUAAUGUAUAAAUAUUGAUUAGUGCAGCUGCAAAAAUCCCUGUCAUUGGUGUUUUGACACCUCCUGCAUUCCCAAAGAUCAAAUGUCAAUUACAAUGAUCGGUACUGCGACAAAUUCUGACUGGGAAUUCUUAUUUUAAAGAACUGAGUUUCUUCAGUGACGGCUUUUUUUGUUUUCAACCAAAAUAGCUAUCACUGUGAUGCUAUCUACACUUUUUUUUUUUUUCUUCUAUUUUUUCCAGGUAGAAGAUCUACAGUAGCAGACGUGAGGUGUAUGAAAUUGCAGGUGCUUUCAGGAAUGGAUUACAGGUUGAAUCACAACUAGAAGAAACCCGUUGAACUAACAUUUCUGUAUUAUUACCUUAAACACAGUCACUGUUUUGUGGCACGCACUUCAGGCAUCUCCCGUUCGCUGCAGAAGAGAAUAAGAGCUGAAGGCUGACCUCUAGCUGUCACCCUCCCACUGUCCUCAAGAGAAAACUGUAAAGACAGAGAGAUGUAAGGAUAAACAAAUGAUUCUCGCUCUUUGAAGAUGUGAGGCAGCUGUGUCUUUCAUGUGUUCCUGCAGAGGCUCGCACUCAUGUGGACAAUACAUCUGAUGUAACAUUUGAUCAGUGAAAUCUGUAUCUCAUGCGUUGGGGUUUCCGAGCUUGCAGCAGCCUCGUAACUAACUUUGUCUCGACCUGAGAUUGAGUCUCAGCAUCAGCUUUAUUUUAGAGGAAGUAAUGAUCUCAUAGAGGGGUCACGUGCAGGAUUAAGUGUUCUGUUUUGGUGUCACGAUUGAUGCUAGUCAAGCACUUGUCCUGGUCCUUUCUUCUCUGUGGUUCCCAGAGAUGGCCUGUCAUUGUGUUCAGCCAUAAUAUCUGUCACUGCUCAGACUGGGGCCACUCUGAUCUUCCUGUGUUUUUAUGACGGCUGGUCGGCCCACAACUUUGGUCUAGGCUUAAAUAUCUCAGCAACUAUUUGAUGGAUUGUCAUUAAAUUUCAUACAAACACUCAUGGUGUCCAGAAGAUGAAUCUUAAUGACUUUGGUGAUCCUUUGACUUUUUCUCGGGCACCACCUUGAGGUAAACAGUUGAGGUUUUUGAGGGAAAUGUCUCAACAACUAUUGAAUGGAUUGCCACGAACUUAGGUACAGGCCUUAAUACCCCCCUAAGAAUAAACUGUGAGAACUUUAAUCAUCAUUAUCUUUCCACAUAGCCCCAUUAUCCGGU